AUAUGCGAUUUUUUUUUUACUUGAACACUUCAUUACCACUCUGGAGAUUUCGGAUACGGCGUUAAAUGUCAAAAGGGAUCAGCUGGCGCGGUGUUCAAAGUGACUCAACCCCUCUGGAAUAAACUUUCCUGCAGCUGAGAGCGACUGUGUGUGUGUGUGUGUGUGUGUUUGACACAGAGAGAGAGACAGUUGGAUGUGCGCGCAUGAUGAGCUCGCGGCUUCUGCUGCUGGUGCUCGCGGCGCUCGCGGCGUGCCUGCGGUCUGGUCGCGCGCAGGGUGACCCUCUUCCUCCAUCUCUGGUGGAUUUAGUGAUGAACAGCCCGAUCUCAUCCGUAGAUGAUCUGAAGAGACUUCUAGACGUAGAAUCCGUAGAGGAAGACGAUGAGAUACCCGAGAGUGAGAUGCACUCUAACGGAACACACAAACGUCUUCCCAGAAGCCUUAGUGUUCAGGUGGCCCAGCAGGCCAUGUGCAAGGUGAGAACAGAAGUGAUGGAAGUGACCCGUGCGAUGCUGGACCGACGGAACGCCAACUUCCUGUUAUGGCCUCCGUGUGUGGAAGUGCAGCGCUGUUCAGGCUGCUGUAACACACGCACUGUACAAUGCAUGCCAGUCACCAUUGAAACACGACAAUUACAGAUGACGAAAAUCCAGUAUAUCAACCGACAACCAGUCUAUGAGAAGGUUGUCAUACCCGUGGAGGACCAUUUGACUUGUAGCUGUCAAUCACGCGUUUUGGCGCUCAGCCCACGGCUCCAGACCACACCUCUUCCUCCGCCCAGACUCCACCCUAAAGUAACGGCACCAAAGACCCAAUCAAAAGAGGAACUACAUCGCCAUGACGAACUUAAACAUAAUCAAAGGCUCCAUUUGGAGGAUAAAGAGAGUCAGGAACUACAAUGGCAGUCCAAAAACACCGUCACACACACACAGGGCUACCGACAAAGCCCGUACCAACAUACACUCACACACACAGCAGUUUAUGUGAGCGGAGGAGAUGUUCCCACCAGACAAACCACAUUAGGAAAUCCACACAUGAUGAGUGACGCUACACAAACUGAGGAGGUGAAAUCCGAACACAGUGGCGAAAGCAUGGCGAAAAAGACGCAACAGCAUUACGACAAACAUCUGCAAGAUGAUCAACAGCCAGAACCACAGCAACCACAGGAUAAAACGACACCACAGCAACCAAAAUACAAUGCUUCCCACAAUCCCCUCCAAUCAGGGCACAGCAUGCCACACAGUAGCCAAUUAGACACUUUUAGCACUUACAGCCACGUUGAGGUGAUCGGCCAAUCCAGUGGUUUAUCUGAAGUGCUAAGUCAUCACUCUGACCAAUCAGAAGUUAGAAAACAUCACCACCACCACCACCAAUCAGAAGCAAAUAAUCAAAAUAUGCAGGAAAGGGAGCAGCAGCCAGAAACACAACAUCAUCUUCGUCACCAAAACCACCGACACCAUCAGCUUCACCAACUUACAACGCAAGCAGUCAGCCAACAACAGACCAGCACACAAAAAACAGUGCCGAGCGCUCCUCCCACCACCCCCUCAGCCCCACAGACUCCGCCCCCUCCCCAGCCCCCGCGGAAGCGACGGCGGAAACAUCGGAAGAGGAUGAGCAAGGCCUCCAUGAGAGCGAUGAUAAUGGUCAUGUCCUGAAGAAGACCAAAGACUCUGAAUUGCUGCCAAAGUCCCAGGAGCAACCACAAAGCUGAGAGUCAGGGUGGAGACACACAGGAUAUAGCAGAGACACACUGGAAAUCUUUUUAUAAUAACUGGAAAUGUCUUUGAUCUUUGCCAAAUAAGCUCCCAUGAACUACAUUUCCCAUCAGCCAUUGCAGUCGUAGGAGUCCUGCGAUCUUCGCACUACGGGAGCUGGCCGUACUCAGGAUAUCCUGUAAGCAUGGACUUAAAAGGGAUUCCAUACAGACACAAACACAGCCUGCCAAA